AUGGCCGCCCAUCAGGGACUCCCUCCAAGAAACCUUCCUCCUCUCCCCGGACCGAGCACAAUCACUGAAGGACCAGAUCUGUUGGCAACCACCUCCAAGAAAAAGAAAAGAUUGUCAGCAGGAAUAACCGGCAGUGACUCCCAGCUGUCCUCCUCUGCCCUGGCCUCUCGAGGUGGAGUAGACGGGGUGGAGGACGGGGCGUCGGCGAACGGGAGCGUCGACAACGUGUGGGAGCCUCAGCAGGACAGACAAGAGAGGAAGGCCAGGCAGAGGAAGAAGAGACAGUCCAGGAAUGUGGAGGAGGAAGGUGCUGGCACUGACCUGUCAGAAAAGAGCAAGAGACAAAGCAAAGCCGUCACAAAGUCUCCACGUGUGCGAAGGUCAGUGAGUGAGGAGGGGAUCGAUGAAAUACCAGAUUCUGGCAAGAAGCGCAGGAAACCCAAACCCAGACCUGAGGCAGAGGGGGAAGGUAGUGGAGAGGGGGAGGGGGAGGGAGGUGAGAAGGCCCGACCCCCACGCCCCCAGCCUGGGAAGAAGAAAAAGAAGAAAAAUGCCAGAACUGCCUUGAAUUCAGCUGACGAGGCCUAUCAAGCAGAUGGGGAGGUUUCUGUAGACUUCAUGGUGGCAGAUGAGGACAUCAUUGUCGGUGACAAGACAACAGACGUGCAGAAACCCCACAAGGUGUCCUCCAUGACCAGCACACCUGUAGGGCCACUCUUUGUGGAAACCAAAAGUGGUUUCCGGGUGGAGCAGCGGAGACGGUUGUCACGGUUACAGGAGACAGAUGAGGAGUAUGCAGAACAGGACAAGGCUGACAGGACUACAGGAGAACUGGCACUGUCGACUCAUCGUGGGUUUAAGAAGUUUGCGCUGUUCUGCCACGGGCUGCUGGCAGGCUACUCGCUAUGGCAAUUAAAUAAACAAAUACAUUCCACCCAUCGCGGGUUUAAGAAGUUUGCGCUGUUCUGCCACGGGCUGCUGGCCGGCUAUUCGCUGUGGCACUGCAUCGUGGUGUUCCUGCUGACGGAGAAGGGUGACCUGAACUUCCUGCAGCAGUACAGUCGGCUGGCCCAGCCUGCACAGUCGCUGUUCUACCUCCUGCUGGCCAUCUGUACUGUCUCUGUGUUUGACAGAUGUCAGGACAGAAGACUUAACUUCCUGCAGCAGUACAGCCGGCUGGCCCAGCCUGCACAGUCGCUGUUCUACCUGCUGCUGGCUAUCUGUACUGUCUCUGUGUUUGACAGCUAUGACGUGGCCCGUCCCAACCGCAGAUUCUUCCGCAGUCUUCUCACCCCACAGUCUGGAGCCAUCUCAAUUCUUGUGUACCUGAUCUCCAUCAUCUUCAGUGUGAGCAUCGCCAGUAUAGAUGACAGAAUCGGUCUGUUUGUGGAGCCUGCCCCCACCGUCCUGCCUUCUGAUGUCAGCACUGUCACCGUGGCAACUACCAAUCAGGACCUCUGGACGGACUCGGAUGCAGCCAACAGACUGUACAUCUGGAGGAUCAUUAACACCAUGAGAGUGGGAGGGGCGAUCCUGGGCUGGCUCAUCGUGGCUCUCAACCCUACAGUAGACCACACCUCAGAGCAUCUUUAUGAUCCUGAGGACUCCCUUGUUGCAACUGAGAUGGUCCCCAGGAAUCCUGUCGCCUAGCAAAGCUGAACGGAAUU